CAGAGGAGGAUGGCUGAAGGAAAGGGAAGUGUCGGUGGUGGAGCGGCCGUGUGGUCAGAAUGUGGACUCAUCUGAUCUGCUGAUGACCACAGCGUGUGUUUCUUCUCUCGGGUGAAUGGCGUCGCAUGAAGGGGAGGAGCCUCCUCCAAACGGGGGCCAAUCAGAUAGUCGCCUCAAAAGCAAAAAGCCCCCAAGCCUUGUAAUAGCCAUUCCCACAACUGCAGAAAACAUGGAUACAGAUCCUGCCAAACAGCCUCUGCGACCUGCACUGAAGAAAAGUGCGAGCGGUCAGGCUACCAGCUCAGUGUCCGAGAGCUUCGGUGCCGGAGAUGGAAACUUGACCAGAGAUAGACGGUCGAAGUUCGGCAGACAAACCUCCCUCUCACAAAGCAUCCGAAGGAACACGGCUCAGUGGUUUGGAGUGGGAGAAAACUGCGAGAGCAAACAGCAGGCCUGGCACCGGAAAAGCUUGCGCCACUGCAGCCAGCGCUAUGGCAAACUAAAGCCAGAGUACCGCGAGUCUGAAGCCUGCACCAGUGUCGAGCAGGGUCCAGAGUCUCCCACCACACACAAAAUGAAGAAGAUCGUGGACCCACUUGCCCGAGGGCGAGCCUUCCGUGGGGCAGAUGAGGUGGACACUCCUAAGGCCGGGCCCAUCACCCCGGGGGUCACCUCCCUCUCCUCCUUCACCAGCCAGCGCUCCGGGUACAGCCGCUUCCCCAAACGCAAGAGGGAAUCUGUGGCCCGCAUGAGCAUCCGCGCUGCCUCCAACCUGCUCAGGGGUCAUGGUGGUGUGCUGGGCUCACAGUCUCGUCGUAGUUUUCCCAAAAGGAGCUUCUUGCGUCCAAGCUGGAUGGACGAGGACGCUGUGGACUCUGCCGACACCUCUCGCUCUCUCUUCUUUGGGAAGGGGGACGCCCGAGAUGAGUUUUACUCUAUGGCUGACGAUGUGUUUGAGUCUCCUCCCAUAUCUGCCUCUUUUGGUCUCGGAGACACACCAGACUACAGCCACACAGAGAUCUCUCGAACUCCCAAAACGCCCGGAGCUGGACUAGAGCCGCGCCCCCGCCGUGGUCAGCGUAUCGCGUCACAAGUGAAGCAUUUCGCCUUUGACCGACAGCAGCGCCAGUACGGCAUGGGCGUCGUGGGGAAAUGGCUGAACAGACACUAUCGCCGCAGCCUCAGCAGUAACGUCCAAAAACAACUGGACCAUUUCCACAGCCACAGGCCGUACUUUACCUACUGGAUAACAUUUGUCCAUGUUGUGAUCACAUUGCUGGCCUGUUGUACAUAUGGUUUUGCCCCUGUGGGGUUUGCACAGCACUCACAAACUCAGCUGGUGCUUAAGAACAAAGGAAUUUAUGAGAGUGUCAAAUACACACAACAGGAGAACUUCUGGAUUGGUCCUAGUUCUGACGACCUGAUCCAUCUCGGGGCCAAAUUCUCUCCAUGCAUCCGACAGGACAAGCAGAUCGUCAGCCUCAUUCAGAAAGCCAAAGACCUGGAAAGGGAAUCUGGGUGCUGUGUCCAAAAUGAUAACUCUGGGUGUGUGCAAACCCACCCAUCAGACUGCUCUGAGACGUUGGCCACUUUCAUCAAAUGGGAAAAUGAGGACAUGGACAUCAUGAGGUCAUCGGGUGCAGUCUGUCAUCAGGACCCGAGAGUGUGUGAAGAGCCUGCGUCUACGCCGCCUCACGUGUGGCCCGACGAUAUCACACGUUGGCCUAUGUGCACAUUGCCAAAGGGAUGGAACCACACGGGUUACAGUCACAUGGACUGCACGCUCAAGGGGCGGCCAUGCUGCAUAGGAACCAAGGGCAGAUGUGAGAUUACGACCCGAGAGUACUGCACGUUCAUGAGGGGGUACUUUCACGAGGACGCCACUCUCUGCUCCCAGGUGCACUGUUUAGACGAUGUGUGUGGUCUGCUGCCUUUCCUCAACCCUGAUGUCCCUGAUCAGUUUUACAGGCUGUGGCUCUCUCUGUUCCUCCAUGCAGGGCUGCUGCAUUGUGUGGUGUCUGUGGUUUUCCAGAUGACCAUUCUGAGAGACCUGGAGAAGCUGGCAGGGUGGCAUCGCAUCUCCAUAAUCUACAUCUUCAGCGGCAUCACCGGAAACCUGGCCUCCGCCCUGUUUCUGCCGUACAGAGCAGAGGUGGGGCCUGCGGGCUCUCAGUUUGGCCUCCUCGCCUGCCUUUUCGUGGAGCUGUUUCAGGGAUGGCAGAUGUUGGCGCGGCCGUGGAAGGCGUUCCUCAAACUCGUGUGCAUCGUGUUCUUCCUGUUCCUGUGCGGUCUGCUGCCGUGGAUCGACAACAUUGCUCACAUCUUCGGGUUCCUCAGCGGCCUGUUGCUGUCCUUCGCCUUCCUGCCCUACAUUACGUUUGGGACGUUUGACAAGUACCGUAAGCGCGUGCUCAUCGUGGUGUCCUUAGUGGCCUUUGUCGGGCUGUUUUCUUCACUGAUUGUUUGGUUUUAUAUUUAUCCUAUUAACUGGCACUGGCUGGAGCACCUCACCUGCCUCCCAUUUACAAACAAGUUUUGUGAGAACUAUGACAUAGACCAUGAUAUCGAUCACGUCGUGCACUAGUCCAAAGACUGAUGGGUCGCUGAUGAGUUGACAGCACCGUGGUACUGUUUCGCCGUUUUUCUUGUGUGAACAGCUGUAAUGUCCAUACUGGAUACUCAGGAAAUAAAAAAAAAACACAGCAUUAAAAUACAAAAAUAUGUCACUAUUCCCAAUACAUUGUUUCCUACAGUUAUACAAAAAACUAUAGAUCAUGUGCUUGUUUUUACAGUGAAAACAGCACGAAUCAACCCAAAAUCAACAACUGUAUAAAGAAGUGGACUAAGGGAGUGUUCGGCUCCAGUCAAAUGAAGGUCAUCGUGGCUAGCAGCUAUAGGGGCCAAUUUGGAGCAAAGUUUCGACAGUGAGUAUCAUAGCAACCAAAGAGCCAACCCGGAGCAAGGCUGUAGAAGGUAAUGCCCCUUCUUGCCUGCACCGCCGGUUUAGCAGGGAGCUGACGCUUAGCAGUACUGUCAAUCAAACCUGUUGCUAGCGCUACCAGGAGCGACCUCGGGGGGAAAAAAGGCGCCUGAUGAGUCUGAUCUUGAUUUACAGACACAAUAGUGAAAUAAAAAACCCAGGAUUAUGUAGAGCGGGUUAAUACGAAUAUUUAAGACCAAAAUGACCAGUCUGACAGCAGCAGUUACAGAGAGAGGGGACACAGUUUUUCAAAGUAAAGUGUAAAGUGUAAAGUGAAUUGGAGCCAGAGUCGAUGGAGCUCGAAGUGCACCCAUGAUCAUUUUCUAUUUGGUGGCUAGCAGGAAAGCUACAUCCAUUUAUAUUCAGUCAACGGGCAGCGUCCAGCAGUAAUCUGACCAGAACUGAAGAAGCAUCUUGGAUGAGCAGCCAAUCUUCACUCAUAGAACAUUUUGCCCAGUGACAGAUUUUAAAUUUUCUUUUACUACUUUUUUAAAUGCUACUAAAGCUCCUACUCACGCUUUUUCGCAUUUGUUACUGGUCAACUCUCUGAACACUGUGCCUCAUGAAUGCAUUAUGUUAUUGUUACGGUGGUCCCUAAAAAUGUGAGAUUAGGGUAUUAAGCGGCCUUUCGUUAUUUAUAAUAUUUUACUUUUUUGUGAUAAACUUUUCUUUUUUUUUUUACACCUUUGUCAAUGUCCCAGACAGUUUGUUUGUUUGUUUUGUUUAAUGGAAGCCGAUUAAUACUUCUGUCUUCUUUUUGCUUCAGACUGUGAGGAGUUACCAAGUGACCACAGGAUUCAGGGUAUUGUUUUGGAUACGUUUGGGUUGUUUUUGUGCCAGUUCAAAACUUGCGUAAAAGGCAUGUAAAUUUUCUUCUCUGUAUUUAUUAGAAGAAGGGCUUUUUUUUUAAAGAGGUAAAUGUUUUGGGGAUAUGCAAAUGGGACCAUUAAAUUGACAUAAAAUGUAAAACAAAACAAUUUGCCUUUUUAUUUCAAGUUAUUCAUGUCGAAAUAAACUAAAACUUGUCAACAAUU